AUGCUGCAGCCUUGAGCCGUCCCUCGUCCUCCUCUCAGGCUCCCUCUUGUCCACGGCGGGCGGGCGCUGAGCUGCUGGCUAUGCCACUGAAGCAUUAUCUCCUUUUGCUGGUGGGCUGCCAAGCCUGGGGUGCAGGGUUGGCCUACUAUGGCUGCCCUAGUGAGUGUACCUGCUCCAGGGCCUCCCAGGUGGAGUGCACCGGGGCACGCAUUGUGGCCGUACCCACCCCUCUGCCCUGGAACGCCAUGAGCCUGCAGAUCCUCAACACACACAUCACUGAACUCAGUGAGUCCCCGUUCCUCAAUAUCUCAGCCCUCAUCGCCCUGAGGAUUGAGAAGAAUGAACUGUCACACAUCAUGCCCGGGGCCUUCCGAAACCUGGGCUCGCUGCGCUAUCUCAGCCUCGCCAACAACAAGCUGCAGGUUCUGCCCAUCGGCCUCUUCCAGGGCCUGGACAGCCUCGAGUCACUCCUUCUGUCCAGUAACCAGCUGGUGCAGAUCCAGCCGGCCCACUUCUCCCAGUGCAGCAACCUCAAGGAGCUGCAGCUGCAUGGCAACCACCUGGAAUACAUACCCGACGGAGCCUUCGACCACCUGGUGGGACUCACGAAGCUCAAUCUGGGCAAGAAUAGCCUCACCCACAUCUCACCCAGGGUCUUCCAGCACCUGGGCAACCUCCAGGUCCUCCGGCUCUAUGAGAACAGGCUCACGGAUAUCCCCGUGGGCACUUUUGAUGGGCUUGUCAACCUGCAGGAACUGGCUCUGCAGCAGAACCAGAUCGGGCUGCUCUCCCCUGGUCUCUUCCACAACAACCACAACCUCCAGAGACUCUACCUGUCCAACAACCACAUCUCCCAGCUGCCGCCCAGCAUCUUCAUGCAGCUGCCCCAGCUCAACCGUCUCACCCUCUUCGGGAAUUCCCUGAAGGAGCUCUCUCCGGGGAUCUUCGGGCCCAUGCCCAACCUGCGGGAGCUCUGGCUCUAUGACAACCAUAUCACUUCUCUACCCGACAACGUCUUCAGCAACCUCCGCCAGUUGCAGGUCCUGAUUCUUAGCCGCAACCAGAUCAGCUUCAUCUCCCCGGGUGCCUUCAACGGGCUCACGGAGCUUCGGGAGCUGUCCCUCCACACCAACGCAUUGCAGGACCUGGACGGGAACGUCUUCCGCAUGUUGGCCAACCUGCAGAAUAUCUCCCUGCAGAACAACCGCCUCAGACAGCUCCCAGGGAAUAUCUUUGCCAACGUCAACGGCCUCAUGACCAUCCAGCUGCAGAACAACCAGCUGGAGAACUUGCCCCUCGGCAUCUUCGAUCACCUGGGGAAACUGUGUGAGCUGCGGCUGUACGACAAUCCCUGGAGGUGUGACUCAGACAUCCUUCCACUCCACAACUGGCUCCUGCUCAACCAGCCUAGAUUAGGGACGGACACGGUACCUGUGUGUUUCAGCCCAGCCAACGUCCGAGGCCAGUCCCUCAUUAUCAUCAAUGUCAACGUUGCUGUUCCGAGUGUCCAUGUCCCCGAGGUGCCUAGUUAUCCAGAAACGUCAUGGUACCCGGACACAUCAAGUUAUCCUGACACCACAUCCAUCUCUUCUACCACUGAGCUAACCAGCCCCGUGGAAGACUACACCGAUCUGACUACCAUUCAGGUCACCGACGACCGCAGCGUUUGGGGCAUGACCCAGGCCCAGAGCGGGCUGGCCAUUGCCGCCAUUGUCAUUGGCAUCGUUGCCCUGGCCUGCUCCCUGGCUGCCUGCAUCGGCUGUUGCUGCUGCAAGAAGAGAAGCCAAGCCGUCCUGAUGCAGAUGAAGGCACCCAAUGAGUGUUAAAGAGGCAGGCUGGAGCCGGGCUGGGGAAUGAUGGGACUGGAGGACCUGAGAACUUCAUCUUUCUGCCUCCACCCCUGGGUCCACGGAGCUUUCCCGUGAUUCUUCUUUCUGGCCCUAGAGAAAGGUGUGCCUACCUCUUCCUGACCGGCCUGAUUCUCCCGUAGAGAAGCAGGUCGUGCCGGACCUUCGUACAAUCAGGAAGAUAGAUCCAACUGGCCAUGGCAAAAGCCCUGGGGAUUUCUGAUUCAUACCCCUGGGCUUCCUUCAGGAGGGCUCCUCCUCCAAAUCCUCCCCACCUGUCCUCCAAGAACAGCCUUCCCUGCGCCCAGGCCCCUUCCUGGCCUCUGUAGACUCAGUUAGUCCACAGCCUGCUCACUUCGUGGGAAUAGUUCUCCGCCGAGAUAGCCCCUCUCGCCUAAGUAUUAUGUAAGUUGAUUUCCCUUCUUUUGUUCCUCUUGUUUGUGCUAUGGCUUGACCCAGCAUGUCCCCUCAAAUGAAAGUUCUCCCCUUGAUUUUCUGCUCCUGAAGGCAGGGUGAGUUCUCUCCUCAAAGAAGACUUCAAACCAUUUAACUGGUUUCUUACGAGCCGUCAAGCAGCCUGGGUUUGGAGAUGCUGUGAAAGAGAGAAGGAAAAUCAUGCCGCUCAGUUCCUGGAGACAGAGCCGUCAUCAGCAUCUCACUUGUGAUUUUUAUCUGGAAAAGGAAGGAAGACCCCAGCACAGCAAGCUCAGCCUUUUAGAGAAGGAUCUUUCCAAACUGCAGACUUUGCUUUGAAAACUUUAGCCCUUUAAGGAAUGAAAUCAUGUAGGAUUUUGGAAUUCUAAAAACAUUAAAAUCAGCUUAUUGGUACAGGAUAGAGAAAGAAAUCUGGUGCCUGGGGGUCCUUGUGUUCACCCCUAGAGUUCUGUUUUAAAAAUUUUAAUUGAAGCGUAUGUGCAGAAAAGUGGGUACAGCUUGGUGGAUUUCCACAAACUGAACAUACCUGUGUAAUCAGCAUUCAGACCCAGACACAGAGCAUCACCAAUACCCCCCAUCAUGGGCUUUUCCCAGAGGAGACCAGGGCUUCCGGAGAUGGACUUACCUAGGACCUGCUCCCCGUGAGCCAGGACGGUCCCCCCACAGCCAGCCUGUGCAAAGGCCCAGUGGCCAGGGGUGGAGGAGAAUAUGUGGGUGUGGACAGGAUGGGAGACUCCGGCCUGCACAGGAGAUCUGAUUAAAUCUGGAGACCCUGAAACCUGGGGCACCCUGGCUGGCCAGGUCAGAAGCAUCCUGACUGCAGAGGUCCGUGCAGCCACACCCCCCUCCCUGCCAGCAAGCUGUCUGCGGCUCGUCAGAGGCCCCUCCGCCUGGAGCCUUUUAUGGGCAUGACAUGCCUGUAUCUGUUUUUAAUUUUCAUUCUUCACUUAGGGGAAGUGAAAUAGCUCAGAGAUGAGAUCCUUUAAUUGAAAACCAAGUGUAACGGAAUCCAGUGUCUUUCUAAUAUGGUAAAAUUCUCCGUCAGCAUCACAGUCAGCUGGCAGCUAAACUUCAGCAUCUCACUUACAGCAGGCAACACGGGGGGUACAACGACGGGUCACACUGGGUCUGGGGGCUCCCUGGAGCUUCUCUUGCAUGUGGUCUGGUUAGGAGUUGAGUUGUUUGCUCCCGGGUUAGUCUCCUCCUCGAGUCACAGUCACACGAAUGCCUGCUCUCUCUGGCCUUCCUGCUACAAACAUAUUCACAUGGCGCUCAAGAAGUUAGGCUCAUGGCAACAUGUGGCUUUCUCCGGACAACUGGCCCAGUUUAUAGUGAAAUGGAGAAUUUCGGGUCUCCAUGUCUGCCCAGGAAAGAACUUCGGCUGACUCCGCGGGAACUUGGAAAUCCACCACCAAUCCUGACGGGCUCUGAUUAGUUCCCUGCUCUGCAAGAC